UAAACAGGAAGUAGAAGUCCACGUUUUCUGUCUGCUGGAGUGAUUGCACAUCGAUGACACAAGACAUCACAAAUCCGACACUCUGACCACGAAUAAAUUUUUCCACAGACUGUAUAACUUGCCAAGAAUAACUAUGGCAGGAUGUCAAGAUGUCAUUGUUAUAGAUGGUGGCAUGUUAGAAGGGGGAGGGCAGAUCCUGCGUAACUCUGCUGCACUGAGUUGUUUGCUGGGUCAGCCUGUGACCAUCAACAACAUCCGAGCUGGGAGAAGCAAUCCAGGACUUCGACCCCAACACUUGAUGGGUCUACAGCUGAUCAGGGACAUCUGUGGUGGGAAGCUGACCGGAGACCGAGUGGGGUCAACAGAGAUCACGUUCCACCCAGGACCCAUCAAGGGAGGGUCCUACCAAGCAGACACGAAAACAGCAGGGAGUAUCUGCCUGUUGAUGCAGGCUGCCAUGCCGUGUUUGCUGUAUGGAGAUGGGGAGAGUGUCCUAAGUCUGCGAGGGGGUACCAACGCCGAAAUGGCGCCACAGGUGGACUACACAAUAAUGGUGUUUAACCCAAUGGCUGAAGAAUUUGGGAUGACAUCUGACUGUGAUAUACGCAGAAGAGGAUACUAUCCCAAGGGAGGUGGUGAAGUGAAGAUUACAUCAUAUCCAACAAAGAAACUCAAACCAGUCUCCAUGACAACCAGAGGUGAAGUAACCAAAGUGAACAUCAGGUCAUUUGUUGCAGGGGCUCUGACAAUAAAGGUAGCUGACAUAAUGGCCCGCUGUGCUGUGGACACCAUCCAACAGGUGUACAAGGAUGUAGCUAUCAGCAAGGAUGUUGUCAAGGAACCAGAACAUGCUGCUGUGGGUACAGGCACUGGCAUCAUAAUCGUGGCGGAAACUAGCACAGGAUGUCUCCUGGCAGGAUCAGCCUUGGGAAAGAAAGGUGUUCCUGCGGAGAAGGUGGGGACAGAUGCUGCUCAGAUGCUGCUUGAUAACCUGGCUCAUGGGGGAUGUGUUGACGACCAUCUACAAGAUCAGUUCAUCCUGCUGAUGGCGUUGGCGGAGGGGAAAUCUGAGGUGCUGUGUGGCCCCAUCACUCUCCACACAAAGACUGCUAUACAUGUGGCCCAGCUGCUCACUAAGGCCAAGUUCGAGAUCAAGAAGCUGUCGGACAACUCCAAUGUGAUAGAAUGUGCAGGGAUUGGACUGGUGAACAGCAGGCUGCCAUGAUGCGUGUUUGAUAGUUCAAGUUGUGUAACAAGCUUCAGCCGUCCACAGACCUACCUGUGUUAUAAUAAGAAAUGGACCCUGUAAACUCUCAGCUUCUUAAGGGAAGACUCACCAGUCUGGUGCACUUCGUAAAGGUGGAUUCAUCAGUCCUGUCCUGUAGAUCACUCCAAUAUGUGUGCUACUGCUGCAUUUAGGAUGACAGGAUUUGCAGACCAGUUUUGUCCCUACUGUUAAGUCCAUCUGUACAGUGGAACAUGUUGUUGCUAUUAUUGUACAACAACUAUUUACUCUUAAAAUUAUUACAACUUCAGAGGUUCUUGAUACAGUUAUAGUUAUUUCUAAUAUGUAAUAAGACACAGUCAUGCAAACAUGUCUAGCCGAGUUCUCUACUAUUUAUAGUGCAGGUAUAAACUUAAGUGCAGCCAAAAUUGUGGACAAUUGGUUGUCUUAGUUGAAACAGGGCUCAGCUAACCAACUUGGUGGUGUCCAGAUUUGUUUCCUUCACCAACAAAACUGACAAAAAUGGGUUUCCUCCUAGUCUGUCAAAGUAAAUAUGGUGCAUUUUUUCACAAACUGUGUGUUAUAUAUGAGCCAUAAAGACCAUGUGUAAGAAACAGUAUUUAUUAUUAUUUUAGCAAAUGGUGUAAUUACAUGAAUAUGUAUGUAAUUCAUGAUAAUGUAUGCAGUAAGUGAAGAUUUGUUUUGAAAGCAUUAUAAGUUGUUGAUUUGAACUGAGAAUGUUCCACUUUGUUUUAAUUGUUUAGUCCUUUUUUCAAGUAUUUAUCAUGAAAUAAAUGCUUUACACAACCAUGAA